CCAUUUUGGCUGUGUAUGUUUACAUGACAGCCUAAAUUGGUUUAUCAGCCAGCCGUAUCGCGGAAUUACCCUAUGUCUACGUGACUAGCGCAAAGCCGAUUUGAUAAUUCCGGAUGUUAUAACUGCUCGUUGCACACGGUUAUGUUACGAGCGUGUGCGCCAGUAGUUACAAUAUCGGAUGUUGUCAAAUCGGUUUUACGCUGCUCUCAUGCGAAAGUGGACUACGUGGUGUCUGUCAAGAAUGCCGCGCAACCUGUGGACCUUUUGUGCCCUCCUGUCUCUCGCCAGCUUGACCUCGACGUUGGAGAAUGGCCUGGCCAGGACACCCCCUAUGGGCUGGUUGGCGUGGGAACGAUUCAGGUGUAACACCGACUGCAAGAAUGACCCGGACAACUGCAUAAGCGAUCAGCUCUUCAGGACCAUGGCCGACAUAGUGGUGGCUGAGGGAUACGCGGCAGUGGGAUAUGAGUAUAUUAAUGUGGACGACUGUUGGUUGGAGAAGGACAGAGACUUUAAUGGACAGCUUGUGCCAGACAGACAGCGAUUCCCAUAUGGCAUGAAAAGCCUGGCGGAUUAUGUGCACUCAAAAGGCCUAAAGUUUGGCAUCUAUGAGGAUUAUGGUAAUUACACUUGCGCCGGCUACCCAGGUGUACUGGGUUACUUAGAGACUGAUGCCGCUACAUUUGCAUCUUGGGACGUGGACUAUGUGAAAUUAGACGGUUGCUAUUCACAUCCUAGCGAUAUGGACAGAGGAUAUCCCGAGUUUGGCUUCCACCUGAAUCGAACUGGAAAGUCAAUGGUGUAUUCCUGCAGUUGGCCGGUCUAUCAAAUUUACGCCGGUAUGCAGCCGAAUUACACCGCGAUAAUAGAACACUGCAAUCUCUGGCGAAACUUCGAUGACAUCCAGGACUCCUGGUCCAGCGUGGAGAGCAUCAUUGACUACUACGGUAACAAUCAGGAUGGAAUCGUGCCGAACGCCGGACCCGGACACUGGAACGAUCCGGACAUGUUGAUCAUCGGUAACUUCGGGCUGAGUUAUGAGCAGAGCAAGACGCAAAUGGCACUCUGGGCCAUACUAGCUGCGCCGUUGCUCAUGUCCGUCGAUCUCAGGACGAUCAGGCCGGAGUACAAGGCCAUCCUGCAGAACAAGAAGAUCAUCGCCGUGGACCAAGAUCCGCUGGGUAUUCAGGGUCGACGGAUAUACAAACACAAGGGUAUCGAGAUCUGGGCGAGGCCCAUCACUCCCGUUUACCAAAACUACUACUCGUACGCGAUCGCGUUCGUCAACAGGCGAACGGACGGCACGCCGUCGGACGUGUCGGUCACGCUGAAGGAACUGGGUCUGCAAUAUCCUGGUGGAUACCGCGUGGAGGAUUUGUACGAGGACGUGGAUUACGGCGUACUGACGCCGCAGACCAAGAUCAAGGUCAAGGUGAACCCGUCCGGCGUGGUGAUACUGCGGUGCAACCUGACGGUGGACGACGUGUUCCGCUAUUCGUCGUACGCGCCCUUAAAUCAGGUUCUAAAAGUUAGGCAAAAUUUGUUUUAACGAUUAGGUAUUACCGAUAUUCUCUAUCGGCAUCUUCUAAUUGUGUUAUAUGCCUUUUAACGUAUUAUUAUAAGGAAGGACACAUAGGAAAUAAAGAAUUUUAUAAACUUUA